AUGGUUUUAUCUGACGAUGACGAACGUUUAGGUAUUACAGAUAUAAGUACCGAGCAAGGUUCUUCUCAAAGCAUAUCAGAAAUUGGUCUUUCUGAAGAUGUAGGAAUAUAUAAUUGGAUCAAUAGAAAUUUAUCUGCACCUAUAUUCGUAUCACCAAGAGAAGUGGAGUUUGGGUUACCAAGAGAAUUAGAAUAUGGACCUAAACGAGUUAAUAGGUUUCAUUGUCAACAUCCUGGAUGCUCUAAAACUUUUAAGGACAAUUUCCAGUUAAAAACCCAUGAAAGAACGCAUACGGGUGAAAAACCAUUUGCUUGUGAUUAUCCAACGUGCAACAAAAAAUUUUCGCAGAAAAACAAUUUAACGGUACAUCAGAGAACUCAUUCCGGCGAAAAACCUUAUUUCUGUGAAGAUUGUAAACAACAAUUCACGCAACUGAGUCAACUUAAUUCACAUAUAAAAGUACAUACCGGUGAAAAGAAUCAUGAGUGUGAAAUUUGCAACAAAAAGUUCAAAGAGAAAGGGCAGUUAAAAGCACAUAAAGAUACUAAAAAACACAAGGAGUGCGAGUUGGAAGUACAAACAGUUACGCAAUUGACCGUUUACUAUUAA